GCCCAUAUUGCAGUCUAUUUACUCAGAAGUUGGUGAGCCUGUUUGUGAGGAAAUCGAAAGUAGACUUUUCUCGAUAAACAAAAAAAAAAUAAUAAUAAUAAUUAAAAUGGCUGCUGGUGGUACAAGUUUUUCGGGGCUUCACAGCGAUUUAAGUUGUCCUAUUUGUCUCGAACUUUUUAAAAAUCCUGUCUCUCUGCCUUGCGACCACAACUACUGCGCGUCGUGUAUUCGUCAGUACUCCAACCGCACUGACAGCUCGGUCUCCUGUCCCGAAUGCGGACAGGAGUUCACGGAGAAAACCAACUUCAAAACGAACCGACUGCUCGCCAAAAUUGUAGAUAGCUUCAAACAACUCAAGUUAAAGAAAGCAAGACAGUCUCGAGGUGCACAGGACGAGUUUUACAGCCCACAACGCUGCGAGGAGGUGAAUCUAUACAGAGAUGAGGAAGUGUGUGUGGAUACCAGUCGCCCAAAUCCUAAACCAAACAAGGGACUCAAAGAGUCUAAACCGCUGUCCAGCAGCAAAAACAGAGCUGCAGACUUGAAGCACCUCACAGAGCACUGGCAGAAACUGACUCAGCUCUGGAAUGAGCAGAAGGAACAUAUCUCAGAGACCAAGCAUCAGCUGCACGAAUUGAAAACCGAGAUUCGAGCCCAGUUUGACCAGUUGCACCAGUUUCUCUACACAAUUGAGAAGGAACAGGUCAGAAAACUACAAGAGGAAGCCAAGUGGGCUCUUGAAUGUAUGGAACAGCAGCUUCUGCUCAUCACCCAGGAGAAAGAUCUUGUAGAGAUGGAAGUGACCAUGUUCCAAAACGAAAACUCUGAGAAGACAAAAGAGAGCCACACACUUAACAGUUGUAAAAGGUCAAAUAAUAAGGAGAUUCCAGAGCUGAUCUGCCAUGAGCUGGCACACGGAGCUCACCGGGGACCACUGCAGUAUGCAGCGUGGAAGCGCAUGUGGAGCAUCAUAGAUACAGUCCCAGCUUGUCUCACCUUAGACCCUGUCUCUGCUCACCCCUCCCUCGUGCUGUCCACAGACCAGACCUCAGUAGAGGACUCUCCCAGGCUCCCAAGUUCAACACUCAGUCCCAAGAGCUUUGAGCCCUGCCUAGAUCUGCUGUCUUUGCAGGGAUUUGCCACUGGGAGACACUACUGGGAGGUCAGGGUCCCGAGCAGAGAAGGGUGGGCAGUGGGCAUUGCCAGUGAGUCUGUACAGAGAAAGGGCAACCUCCCACUAACUCCGCAGAAUGGGUUCUGGGCCAUGUGGCUCACAAACGGCAAUGAAUUUUGGAUCCCAGAUGCUUCUCCUGUCCGACCAGCGCUAGGUAAUAGGGCACGAAUCAUUGGGGUCUAUCUGGAUAAGGAAUGUGGUCAGUUGUCCUUCUACAAUGCUGAGAACAUGGAACACAUCCAUACUUUGGUGGAUACAUUUCCCAAGAAAGUGUAUCCUUAUUUCAGCCUUGGAGUAGCUCAAUCUGGCUUUCCAGGUGACAGUGGGGUUUUGAAGAUUCACCACAUGCAAGUAUAAUAAAGAAAUGCUAUAAGGAAAUGCCCAGAACUUCCUGAAAAGAUGUCCAAAUGUGGCCUGAAGCAUUUAAGCAUUCCAAAGUAUUCUCAGCUAUGUUUUAUGUUUAAACACAUACUUUAUGCAUGGAAUUAUUAUGCUUGUGAUGUCAUUAUUAUUGUACAUAUGUAAGUAAUAUUUAUAAUAGUAAUAUAAAUAUAUCCAAUCAUUAUUUGCUUCUGAUUGCCUUUUCCAAUCCCAUUCAUCCAUAUGAACUCUACUGCCUCAAAUUAUAUUUCUCACACAUUAAGCCAUUAAAAGCCAUUAAAAUUUUUGUCGACUUG